UGAUAUUAUAUUAUUUGCAAACAUUAUUAUAAAAAGAAAGGUCUUCAAGAACGUGAGAAGUUAUUGAGACACACGGAAAACUGGACAUUUUAAUUACAAAUAUAAUUACAUUAUCAUCAUAUACAUGUCACAGUCACCAGUACAAGAACAACCAGCAAAAGACCCCUUGGCCCCCAAUGUCGAAGACUUGUAUUUAGAGUCAUACGCCUUCACGACAGCUGCGGCCAUAGUCGGGUCUGUAGACCGAAAAAUAUUCGUCGUCUUGAGAGAUGGACGUAACGUUUUCGGAAUCUUGAGAACAUUUGAUCAAUUUGCUAAUUUGGUGUUACAAGAUACCAUAGAGAGAAUUUAUUUGGAUUCAGAAAAGAAACGUUUCGGUGAGACUUAUAGAGGUGUAUUCAUGAUCAGAGGGGAAAACGUGGUCAUGAUGGGUGAGUUGGACAUUGAUAGAGAAGAUGACCACUUGCAUGAGUGGCAACAAAUUCCUUUCCCAGAAGCCGAAAAGGAACUUCACUCAGUGCAGGCCCAAAGGAUAAAGGACCAGAAGGUAAAGGCUAAGAACUUAUUGGCUAAGGGUCUCAUUGACGAUUUCUCAAGAUCUGAUUUGUAUUAGCAUUGUAUAGUAUAUGGAGAGUUGAAGAGCAACUGCUUCUCAUUUUUUUUUUCUAAACCAAAAUAAAGAAAGAAUAAACUUUGUUGUAGAAAGU